GUGCCCCUCAGUUCGGCAAAUGGCCAAAGCAUUCGACUCUUUCGAGCAAACACGGUUAAAUGAAAAAGAAGCAGCUGCGGAAGAAUCGCGUAGACGUAAAGAAGAAAAAUCAAACAAAACAAAAAAUUCGGGAUUAUUCGGACUUUUAAACAAAGCUUCUUCAAUGGAUCAAUCCCUUUCUAGUGCUGGUAGAAAAUUGCCCCCAUCAAAGGCUAAAGCUAAACGACGACCUAGCGAUCACCAAGCGGCAGCAUUACAAAAUGAACUGUUGCUAACAAAAAAUAAUAGCGGGGAGAUUGCUCCACGUGGAGGGAGGAAUCCGUUUAAGGGAAUGGGUUCACGCCUUGUUGAGCGUGUCAGACGUUCUCUCUCCCGGACUGGAAAAAAGCGAAGUCACAGUAGGGAUGAGGGGACUCCCUUGUCAAUGAGUUUAGUCGCAACAGGCAAUGAAACAACUACUUUAAUGUCUUCCUCGACAACGGCUGCGAGUAUUAAUGGAUAACUGUUGAUUUUAAUUUUUAAGUCUCUACAUAUUAUCCCAAAAUUGUUGCCUAAUUUUUGUUUUAAUUAUUUCUUUAACAUUUUUAAAGUGCCUUUUGCCUUAAUUUUAACAAUAAUUUCCUCCUAAAAUAAAUUUUGCUCAAUCUUAUAAAUUUUUAUUCUUAUCUUUUUAUUGUCACCCCUCUCCCUGCCAGCUUUUCCCUUGUCAGUCUUUUCCUUGUCAGCUUUCCCCCUCUCGAAAAAAAAUUUCAAAACCCCCAUACAUAAUAGAUAUUUAAAAAGACCCACUUCCAUCCACUUUAGUCCACACCGGGCAUGUUCCAGCCCCUCCAGUCCCCGGACUUGUAGGUUUACAACAUUGAGUUC